GUUGGGGGACAUUUACUGGUUUUUAGGAUUAAAAACAAAAGGACAGAGUAAAGGAUUAAAAGUCCAGGCAGAGAGCCAGAGGCAGCAGCGGGGGCCCCGAGGUUCAAGGGUGGCAACUGCAUUUCAUCUGCACUGGAAAAGGAUGAUGAGACCCAAAGGUGCAGAGGAUGACGGAGCGGCCCUCUUCUGUUUUUGAGUAGAAGGAGGAGGAGAAGCUCAGGCUGCGGACGCGCAGAAUGCCUCAGUUUGGUUAAUGGGAGCACUGGGAGAGGACGCAGCGCCCCGCGGAUCUGGAGCCCCCGACUCAGACAGGUGGGGAUAGAGGGAACUGGAUUCAUGCACUGACCUCCCACUCUGCCCCCUAAAUGACUCACUAAAAUGCAGCUUAACCAGUGAUCAAGCUGAGAGGGGCCUUGAUCACGCACUUGGACUCCAGGCCUGCCCGUCUGACAAAAGCCCAGCAGCUGGAGACGACAUCAAGGAGCAUGAGUGUGGGAAGAAUCAACCGCUACAGCAUUGUUUCGUCAGAGGAAGAGGGCCUCCGCCUCACUAACAUGCAUGGCAUGAACGGCUUUGGGAAUGGGAAGAUCCACACACGCCGCAAGUGCCGCAACCGCUUUGUGAAAAAGAAUGGCCAGUGCAACGUGCACUUUGCCAACAUGGAUGACAAGUCACAGCGCUACAUGGCCGACAUCUUCACCACGUGCGUCGACAUCCGCUGGCGAUGGAUGCUGGUAGUCUUCACUCUUGUGUUUGUCAUGUCCUGGCUGGCCUUUGGGUUGGCCUUUUGGGUCAUUGCUUUGCUGCACGGGGAUCUGGACAACCCAGCUGGAGACGACAACUUCACUCCCUGCGUGCUGCAGGUCAACGGAUUUGUGGCCGCGUUUCUGUUCUCCAUUGAAACACAGUCGACCAUAGGGUAUGGCUACCGCUGCGUGACCGAGGAGUGCCCAGUGGCUGUCUUCAUGGUUGUCUUCCAGUCAAUAGUUGGCUGCAUCAUUGACUGCUUCAUGAUAGGCGCCAUCAUGGCUAAAAUGGCGAGGCCUAAGAAGCGAGCGCAAACGCUCUUGUUUAGCCACAACGCGGUCAUUGCCAUGCGGGAUGGAAAGCUGUCUCUUAUGUGGAGAGUGGGAAACCUUCGCAAGAGUCACAUUGUAGAAGCCCAUGUCAGAGCACAGCUAAUCAAACCUCGGAUAACUGAUGAAGGGGAGUAUAUUCCGCUAGACCAGAUAGACAUUAAUGUAGGGUUUGACAAAGGUUUGGACAGGAUCUUCUUGGUUUCACCCAUCACUAUUCUCCAUGAGAUAGACGAGGAGAGCCCUCUGUUUGGAAUCAGCAAGCAGGAUCUGGAGACGGCAGACUUUGAAAUCGUCGUCAUCCUAGAGGGAAUGGUCGAAGCGACCGCCAUGACCACGCAGGCUCGCAGCUCCUACCUGGCCUCUGAGAUUCUUUGGGGCCACAGGUUUGAACCUGUCCUGUUUGAGGAAAAAAACCUGUACAAGGUGGAUUAUUCACACUUUCACAAAACGUACGAGGUGCCGUCCACCCCUCGCUGCAGUGCCAAGGACAUGGUGGAGAACAAGUUCCUUAUGCCCAGCUCCAACACCUUCUGCUACGAAAACGAGCUGGCCUUCCUAAACCGCGAGGAGGAGGAGGAGGAGGAUGACUUAGGUGGCGGGAGCAGAGCACUGGGAAAUCUGAGUCCGGACAGGAACAGCCGACAUGAGUUUGAACGUUUACAGGCCACCAGGUCGUUGGAUCAAAGAUCUUAUCGUAGAGAGUCAGAAAUUUGACGCUAACUCAUUGACCAAGCAUCAGAUUCCUUUAACUUUAUCCAUGGAAUAAAAAUGCAGAUCAAUGCAAAGUGCCAUAGGUAGAACUAAGAAUUGUAAGAGAAUUGAAAGCAAAUACAAAACCCUUAAAAAGGUAUUUUUUGAAAAUGCAAGUGUAGAUGGCGAUGGUAAGUAACGUCUACAAUUAAGGAAAAGACAGACCUCCUUCCUUCACCAAAACUUGAAUGUUUUUUCAUGCGGUCAUUUUGAGUUAAGAACGCUACAUUUUUGGCAGGACCUUAUGAAACAUCUUAGGUGUAAAUAUAUUUCCUAAAUAAGCUGUUUUGUGUGCAGUACCAGAUUCAAAAGCACCUUUAAAAGUAGAACGUGUUCUUGGCCACCUGUAGUAAUGUUCUGGAUCUUCUCUUCAGCUCGUCUAGCAAUGCUGUAAUUUGCUGGACAUGCAUAAAGGAAGACAUUAAGUAUUCACUCACAAAAGUAAAACAUCAUUUCGUAGCUUUGUUUUAUAUUCUGGCACAAAAAUCUGAUUUCCACCGGAGAGCAGGAAACAUUAAAUGUGCUUUUAGUUUGACGAAGAAUGUAUCGAUCAACUGAAAUGAAACAGCACAAACACUUUAUGACUUACUACAACACUUACGAUGAAUUCCUAUGACUCAUUCAUGUCAUGGUUUUAAUAUAAAAACCACAAAAGCAAAAGUGGUGAAAUGUAACAUUCACAUACUUUAAGGACAUGCUGGAACAAUCCAGGUUUAUCCUGAUGAAGGUCACCCAUGAAAAGCUGUUCUUUGUAAUCUGACAAAGAAAAGGAACGACAACCAUACUUGUGUAUAGCAUGUAACCAACGAGGUCAAAUGUUUUUGGCUGGUAUCCAUAAACUCAUAUAUAUUCCAUAUGAAACUUAAGCAAUAGUUUGCAUUUUUGUUAAAAUGUGGUUGUGUGGAGCAGUUACAAGACAUCAGUAUCUUAGCAGGAAUCUCAGUGUAGUAACUUCAGUCAGAGAUCUCAUGGCCAAAUCAACCAUCUAAAACAACUCAAAUUCAAAAUCCAAAUGCUAUAUAAAGUAUUUUGAGAAAUUCUAAUUUUAGCAUGAGAUUUUUUUUUUAUCCAGAGAAGACCAUGAGCUGAUUUAAAAAAAAAAGCAUCCUUCAUCUGAUCACUAUCAUUUAGCUCAGGCAAAUAUCCUUUAAUCUCCUCAAUCUAAAGAACCAAUUUUUUAACAAAUAAAACUGAAGAAAAAGUUUGCAUAAAUUUGAUCAGGGAAAUGUUCAUUUAAAAUGUCUGAGCAAUAUUUAUAUCAUUCUAACGCGAUUGUAAGACAAUUGAUGGAGUAAGUAGACAAAGUAGAAUCAAUUGUAAUGCAUUAUGUGAAUUUGUCUUGAUGUAAAAAUACCAACUGUAGCAUUCCCUCAAAACACAAAGAAUAUUUUAAGCUUAUGUUGUUUUAGAUGCUGGAUAACUGCUCUGAAAUUGGCCCUGCACUAAGAAGCUGUUAGCUUGUAUCGUCAGUGCGAACGCCUCCAGUUAUUUUCAGGUCAAACAUUUUCUGCUCCCAAUUAAUCCACACAACCUGUUUUCUGUUUAAAAUGAAUCUAUGCAUAUUACCCAAGUCAGGGGAUAAACAUCUAAUCUAAUCUGUAUGUUAAACAAUUGUGUGAUGACACUGCUUUAAUCAAUAUCCACUGUAGGAAAUGAAAAAUGGGGUGAAACCGGUUUCCGUCGGUAACAUGUUUCAUCAUGAAGAACAAGGGAAAUUCAAAGGUGAAGAUGAGCUGGAAAUAGAAAAUGUCUGUUGUUAAAAAUGAUUCAGUUUGCAUCAGUUGUGAUUAACAAAACAUAUUAACGUAGUUAAUGUGUUUUGAUUCUUUAAAAGGUGUAAAACACUGUGGCUGUUACACCAAUGAGAGAUGUAAACGUUAGAAAAUAGGACUGUGAACAAGAACCAAUGACCAACUUCAUCUGAUUGGUUAAAAUCACACUGUAGACAGAUAUUUAGCUAAGAAAAAAAGAGCCGAGUCAGCUUAGAGAGGCAUAGAUAAAAGCAAUAAACACUGAAGCACACCAUUUUUCAGCCGAUUUAAUUAAAUGUGUCACAAUUUCCUCUUAGUGGAGCUUAUAAAUCCAAAGAAGUUUUUGAAGGAUGUAAUGGAAAUGGUGUUUUUUUUUUGUUUGUUUGUUUUUCCAUUUCAACUGUACCUGUAUCACUAUUAGCAGUUGUAAGUAUUUGAUACCAAAGUAACAAAGUGUUGCUUAUAAUUAAGUUAAAAACUGAUUAAAAACUGAUGGUUCCCACAGCAACCAUCCAAAGAAAUUUAGGCUGACAGUUGUUGACAGAAAUCAUUGGAAAAAAAAAAAAAAAUCAAGUUUAAAGCAACAUUGUCUCUCCCUGGAUGCUUCAUCAGAAUACAUCACUAAUAACAAUAAUAAUAAUAAUAAUAAUAAUAAUAUCUCGCCUGAACCAAUUUUUGCUGAUGUUCACACUCAUCUACAGAAGAGAGAAAAUGGGAUGUGGUGAAAUAUGAAAACAGGAGGAGAACCAUGUAAUGGUUGUUACGUUGGUCACAAUGACUAAUAUUUUCUCAAUAGUCAUUUAAAUGGUAUGUCUGAUGAUAAUAUUUCUUAGUAAUUUGUUAGAGAACAGAAAAAUGUACAGUUGGGCCAAAAUAAAUAUUGAAUUCAUUUUGCAGGAAAGGAAUCGACAUAUUGACUUGAGAUUCAGACUAGAUGUUGGUAACAACCUAUACCAUCCAUAAGUAGGAAAUCAUGAAAACAAAUACAUCCAUAUAUGAAGUAAUAAUGUGGCGUGACGUGAGAUGACACCAGCUGUGGAUGAAUGAAAGCAGCGCAAAAAGGGACGGAAAGUUAAGAAUUUUAAAAUAGCUGGCCGAUAGGAAAGUUUAUCAACACGUCCUGGUGAGUAAAAGAAAACUGUUGCAUUUCUAAACUUGCAAUAGUUCCAGUGAACAUCAUUGGUGUCAACAUCUAGAAUUGGAAAGAGCACAUUUUCAUCACAAAGUGGUCAUGACCAAGCACCUUCCACGGUUUUUGGCAGAGGAAGGAAAAGAAUUAUGAAAACAGCUGUCAAAGAGCCACGGACCAAUCACUGAGAGCAUCAGAUCAACUUCCAUUAGCAGAUUCCAGAUUGUUUCGCGAAAACAAGAAAUACACUCAACUGCCACUGCCUCCACCGAUGUCCACAGCGCAAGACUCCACUGCUGAAGAAGAAGCAUCAAACGUGGAGAAAUGUGGCGAGAUGUUCUUGAUAAAAACCCAAAGAUGAAUUCAGCAAGGCGAUGGUACCAAACACACAGCCGAGGGGGAUCUCCAUCCCUGUCAAUAAUGCUGCUAGAACGUCCCAGUGGUCAAUCAACCGAUCUAUAGAAAUUUGUGGAAAAACGUUAAAAUCUAAAGACGGUUCAUGUCUUUAGAAAUCUGAACAAAGCACAUAACUCAGAUCAUAGUUAUUAUUAACAGCUUUUCUAUUGAGUUUUUAAUGAAUUUCCUGUACUGUGUUAAAUGCCUGUUGCCUGUGUCAUUUCACCUUGUCAUUUAUUGACUUUUUAAAAUUUAGAUUUCUGUGGAUAUUCUGGUUGUUGCCAACAUCUGCCAGGAAAGUCAAAGAAGAACCUGAAAAUGUUCACCACUUAUUUUCCCUGCUGUUCAUAGAUAUUUUUUUGUUGUUUGAUAAGCAAUUUUUUUUCCCCAACCUUUACUAUUUAUUAUGCUCAUUACCUUCUGGGAAGGUCGUGUAUACUAAAGUAUAAUAGUUCUGCACCUGAUUUACUAAAUUGUAGAGGUAAUAAAAGUGAAGAGUCAACAACUUCUUCACUAGAUCAAUUUUUGUUUUGAAAAAGUCGUUUCAGCUUUAAUAUUGUUCCCACGACGCCCUUAAAGAAGAAGCAAACAUAAAGGUUUUAAUGAAAUGCAAAGGUUUAACAAAACAAUGUUAUGAUGAACAUUGUCAGGCGGAUUAAGCCUGCUUAUUUUUAUAUAAGGUUCUUUUUGAUAGAAAAAGCAGCAAUAAAUAUUAUCUGUUUUUACCAGAGUAUUAAAAUGAAAUCACACCUGUAGGUUAAAAAAAAUCAAUAUUCUUAUCUGAACCGUUUUUAUUUUCAACUCUCUAUUUUCAUGAUUAAACCGUUUUAUUUAUUUAUUUUUUUCUUUUAAAUGGAUGGAUGAGAAAAAAAAAGGAAAAAAAAAACAAACUUUGACCUCUGUAGAAGUCUUCCUUUGUCCAGCAAAUUUCUACUGGACGUUUGAUUUUCAUUGAAAGAAAUUCAAA